UAACUACUGGUAAUACGACGAAUCCUAAGCUGCCCCCUUCUUGAGCCGUUCUCAUUGGAUGAUGUCGACACGUGAUAUUGACACCGUCAAGUGAAUGACGGGAAGCUAGCGAUGCUAUCACUCGUAGAGUAAACGCGCUGCCGUCCGGAUGGAAGUUAGUUAACCAGCAAAAGUUUUAUAAAUUAGGUUGGAGAAUCUUCGAAAAGAGGAAAACCAUGAAGGCGAUCAUUUUAUCCAUACUUGUUUUUUUGGUCUCAGUCGACAGCAAGUGCCCAACAGACUGUUUUUGUGGCAUAAGACACGGAAGAAAUACUGUUCUGUGCGAAAACGGGGGGAUGAAAUCGAUACCUAUAUCAGAAAUAGACAAGAACGUGGAAGUGCUUAUUAUCUCGGCUCCUGCCGAUAAUCCCAAUAAUUUGACUCUAGGACGCAUAUUUUUCGACUUUGGUCUCUUAAGGGAAGUUCAAAUCACACAUUCUUACAUUCCAGCUAUCGGUGAUAGCUCUUUCUGGCCCGGAUACAAUAUGCGACGGUUAGAUUUAAGUUUUAACAACCUGACACUCCUACGGGAAAAGGAUUUCAACGGCCUGAAAAAUUUAACUAGCCUUAAUCUUAGUAAUAAUAAUCUGGCUGCUCCGCCUUCGGCCACAUUCAGGCUUCUGACUAAUUUACGGAACUUGUCAUUGGCUAGAAAUAAAUUCACUUCUUUUGUACCACGUUUAUUCUUCGAAUUACAUCGUUUGGAAAUUUUGGAUUUAAGCGGCAAUCCGAUAAAAGAGAUUAAUCCGGAUAAUAUGAAAGAUCUUUGGCCUUUAAGGGUUUUAAAUUUAUCUUAUUGUCAAUUAAGUAAACUACAUUUUCAUAUUUAUCAGAGAUUACCAAAUUUAGAAGUGUUAGAUCUGAGAUAUAAUCGAUUCUCGUCUUUGAUCUCUAACGAAUUUAGUUUUAUGCCAUUUUUAAGAAACUUGUAUUUGGAUCACAACAUGUUGGAGUAUCUGGAAAAUCAUACAUUUGCUGGAAUAUCCCUGAAACAUUUAGGAUUAUCUCAUAAUCGAAUAACCGAGAUAUCUCCCUGUGCCUUUUGCAAUACAACCAUCGUUAAGUUGGAUUUAUCCCACAAUUAUCUGAAGGAUCUUCAACUCUUAAUCCUAAUGGAUUCUGGAAAUACAUUAACCAAUCUGAAAUUAAGUUAUAACCCCGUAAAUGCAGAAGUUGUGGCCGGAAUUUUACAACAGUUACCCAAUCUACGAGAACUAUCCCUCUCCGGUAUCGAUCUAAGUCAUUUGACUUCAAGAAUGUUUCAUAACAAUAUUAAUUUGAAUUAUUUAGAUUUAUCUAACAAUAAACUUUUUAACUUAUCCUCUUCUUCUAUUGAUUAUUUAGAAAACUUGACAAUCCUGGAUUUGUCAUCCAAUAAAUUUAAAGCUCUGAAUACUUCGGUAUUGUCAAUUUUCGACACCAUUAAUCAAGUAUACCUGGAUCAAAACCCUUGGUCUUGCACCGAUUGCGAUUUCACAGAGAUGCUACAGUGGAUUAACGCCUCGGAAACUUAUAAAAAAACCUGCGAAACCAGCAAAAGAUGCGCUAAAUGUUCAUCCCCCAUGCAAUUAUACGAAAGAGAAGUGUCCACUCUACAACUUGAGGAGAUGGGUUCGUGUAUUAAACCCUUUACACAAUUUAGAGUAGAAAUGUUAGUGAAUCCUCAACUCGGACUUAUCAUCGCCCUCUCCGCCAUGAUGGUGCUUUUAAUAAUUAUUAUUGUUAUCAUACUUUAUCGCAGGCACGGAGCGGUUUAUUACACUCACGAAGAAGAAAGAAGCGACGAGGGAGACAAAGCAUCCCUGACGGAUGCAAAUGGAACAUUGGACGAUAAGAAGUUGGCAUUCAUAACGAUUGAAGAUAACUUGGACGAUAGGUCGUUGACCAAAAACAUAAUCGGAUAGUCUUUUUUUUUUUUUUCCUGUAUAGACCAAUCGAUACGCUCGUGACAAAGCGAGAAUUUAUUCAAUUAGCAAGAUCUCCCUCAAGACAAUCAUGCAGGAGAGUGUGGUUUGCAUCAAAAGUCAGUCAAAUGCCAAAGAUAUUUAAUUCGAUUUGGAAUAAAUCGGAAUGUAAUUUUGUGGGUAGAAUGCCAAAAACGAAUCACUUUGUAAUAACAUUUUUAAACAUUUGAAAGAAUGAAAUUUCUCUUUUAUAAAUCGGGUGUAUAUAACUUAUAUACAAGGAAGCUUGUCGAUGUCUUCGUUGGGACCAAAAAAAUAUGUGUCAUGUUCCAGCAUCUCAUAUUGUGAUCCGACGUAGAACAUUAUUAUUAAUUAUUAUUAUUAUUAUUAUUAUUUUCUAUUAAAGAAAAAAAAA